AUGCCUAAGACAAAACAAGCUACCUCAGUCACGAAAACUGCUAUGAUUCAAAACAUAAACCCUGUAUCAUCUAACAUCAACAUCACUAAAGUAGUUAACGUUCGAGAUGGUGGUAUAAUGGUUAGAUGCGAAAACUCUGAUGAAUGUAUCAAAUUUAAAAAUUUAUCAGAUGAGAAGCUGGCCAAUGACUACACAAUCAAAGAAGUUCCUGUACUGAAUCCCCGCUUCAAGAUCGUCGGUAUCUCUGAAAAUCUUUCUGAAAAUGAUCUUAUAAAUGGUAUUAAAAGCCAGAACAAUAAUGAAAUAUGUCCAAAAAGUAAUCUCCCAAUUACCUUUGAAAAAGAAUAA